CUGAACAUGGACCACGCUCAACGCCAUUUGCCAAGGCCUGACGUCUACUCUGAGUUCUGCCGCGUGGACUCCCUGCAUUAGGCAUAUCCACAUACGUCAUGUCAUUUCCACAUCCAUCUAUAUCUGACCCCGGGGAGAGGGAAAGUGUUCGGAAGCCUUCUCCAUCAGCAUAUCAUCCUUCUUGACCAAAAUACCUUAUCGUCCACCACGUCUAGAAUCAAGAGCCGCAAUGGAUUCCAUCAAGCAAACCACCGAUAAUCUCACCCACACCGAAGAAGAGCAGCGGCAGCUAUACAACAACCUUCCCACCGAACAACGCAACAAGCAGUCGUUCACGGAAUGGGUCCAGGAAGCCUACAAUGACCAAUACGAGAAGUGGAUGCCCUGGUUAGAGGACCAGUACCUUAAGUGGUUCGGCAAAGGCGACAACAAGGCCUCCUACGUAACCAAGGAUAACCUCUCCAAAACGAAGGUCACCGGCGUAAAACAAGUCGAUCAACUUCAGGACGACGUGAAUCAGGUGGUCGGGAACCAACUAGGCGAAAACGGUCUGCUGGCUCCCGUUGGGAACAUGGCUUCGAAGGAGGGCUUCAAUCGCGCUGAGAGGGGAGGAAAAGACGAGAAUGGCUCUUACGGAGGACCUCUGGGAGGGGUGACGGAUCCUGUUGUCGAUAGCUCCAAACGUGCAGGCCAGGGUCUGUCGUCAGGAGUGCAAUCGGCCGGGUCCUCCCUUGCUAGUGGUGCGAAGAGUGUGGGGAGUGCGAUCCCCGGGUUUGGCGGCAAGUGAAGAGGCCUGGGACGUUGUUCUGGCUUCAUGGAUAUGAUCUGCAUGAUUUAUGUAUGGCCUGCGAUGAUCUUCCUUCGCCCUGCUCAUGUGUCACGACCAUUUUAUUGUUAUCUUUCCUUCCCACUUUGUAUUCUUCAUCACCCUUUUCGCCCUCUGCCUUCGGUUUGUGUUGUAUGAUCUAGCCAUCUAUAUAAUAAGUUUCUCCAGUUUUCCCUUUACCCUUUACCAAUUCGAUCUGC